AUGGCCGAUCGUGCGCCGCCGAAGGCGUAUACUGGCAUUCCUGCCAAGUACAGUAGUGGUGGCGCGUCUGCACCUACCGCGAAGCAGAACAGCCCGCCGCAGGAUGGGCUGAUGUGCCCCGCGUUGCACCUGUACCCUCUGAACGACACGUUUGUCCCGAAGCAGAUCAACCUCGCGCCGCCCAGCGCGCAGAACCGCAUCAAGAUUGGACGCUACUCUAAUGCGAAAUCUGUGCCGAAUCCGCUGAAUGGCUACUUUGACAGCAAGGUUUUGUCGCGUGCGCACGCCGAGGUCUGGAGCGAGAACGACAAGGUGUACAUCAAAGACGUCAAGUCGUCGAACGGCACCUUUGUCAACGGUACGCGUCUCUCGCCCGAGUCGCAGGAGUCGGAGCCGUUUGAGCUGCACACGGACGACGUCGUGGACUUUGGCAUCGACAUUCUCACCGAUGACAACAAGGAAAUUCUGCACCACCGCGUCGCCUGCCGCGUGUUUCUCGUCAUGACGCCCGAGGACGCUCUAAAGCUCCGCAACGACUUUACGAGCCUCUACCGCGGAGGCGUGCACGGCGGCACGCUCGGCAACGCGGGCAUCUGCCCCGGCGCCGAAGGCGGCCUCCGGCGUGGCAAGCCAGGCAUCAACUUUGACCAUGUCAUCUUCCGUCUGCAGAACGAGCUCCAGAAGAGCAAGAUGGUCGGCACUGAGCUCACAGAGCUCAGCAGCACCAUUCAAAACAUCCACGAGACGCUGGGUGGCGGCACCGCCCCGUCGCAAAACCCGCCCUAUCCCCACCUCGUUCCGUCGCAGGGAAACCAGGCGAACGGCACGGCCAAGGCGCCCGCCGAGCCGCGCGGCGUCGACGCCGCGGCCUUUGCCUCGCUCGAGUCGCAGCUCGGCAGCACGCACGCCAUGCUUGCGAGCCACGUCGAGCGCAUCAAGGGCCUCGAGUCGACACUGGCGGCGUACGAGCACAUCAAGGACGAGGUCGCAACGCUCAAGCGGCAGCUUGAAGAUACCAAGCGUGGCCUGAAUGUCCCGGUAACGAACGAGAAGACGAACGCGUGGCUUGCAUACGGCCUCCCAUCGCGCGUGCGCCGCGCGGACGAGGACGAUGCGGCGUCGGUCGCCAGCGUCGAGACUGCGACGCCGGACCGCGAGGCAAAAGACGAUGCGCCCGACGUCCAGAGUGCGUCCGAGAUCGAGGCGCCAGAUGCCACUACGACCAUCGCGCACGAGGCCGCAGCCGAGCACGCGGCGCUCCUCGCCCGCAUCGAGUCGCUCGAGACACUGCUCAAGGAACGCGACCAAAAAGACGCGCAGGCCAAGGAGGCGAUGCAGCAUGCAUUCGACGCACGCCUUGUGCGUGUCGAGCGCGAGCUUGUCGCGCAGGACGCAGGACGCGGCGCACCGCUCAGCCACGACCAGGAGCACUGGCGCCGCGCUUUUGAGCAGCGCUUUGACGAUCAAUCGCGCCGCUGGGCAGAGGAGCAGGCGAAGCUCAAGACGGUGCUUGACGCGUGGAGCAAUCCCAGCACGCCGCGCCUCGCCGGCACGGCCAGCUGGGGCAUGGACAGCGAGGAAAAGUCGUCGACGUUUGGCCGCGACGCUUCGCCAGAGAACCACACCUCGGCCUUGGCCUCGCUCGAGCACCGCGUGGGCCCGAUGGGGUCGGCGUGCCUGCUCGUUGCGCUUGGCAUGAGCCUGCAGGCGAUUGUGUCGCUGGUGCGCGGCUAG